AUGACUCAGCUAUACGUUUAUGUCACCUUAUUGGGAGCCUAUCUGUCCAUCCUGUCACCUGUUCAAGGACAGAAUCUAGACAGUAUGCUCCAUGGCACUGGGAUGAAAUCAGACUCUGACCAGCAAAAGUCAGAAAGUGGAGUCACCUUAGCCCCAGAAGACACCCUGCCUUUUCUGAAGUGCUACUGCUCGGGCCACUGCCCCGAUGAUGCUGUCAACAAUACGUGCAUAACUAAUGGACAUUGCUUUGCCAUCAUAGAAGAAGAUGACCAGGGAGAAACCACAUUAGCUUCAGGAUGUAUGAAAUAUGAAGGAUCUGAUUUUCAGUGCAAGGAUUCACCAAAAGCCCAGCUUCGCCGGACAAUAGAAUGUUGUCGGACCAAUUUAUGUAACCAGUAUUUACAACCUACACUGCCCCCUGUUGUUAUAGGUCCGUUUUUGGAUGGCAGCAUUCGAUGGCUGGUAGUGCUCAUUUCUAUGGCUAUCUGCAUAAUUGCUAUGAUCAUCUUCUCCAGCUGCUUUUGUUACAAACAUUAUUGCAAGAGCAUCUCAAGCAGACGUCGUUACAAUCGUGACUUGGAACAGGAUGAGGCGUUUAUCCCUGCAGGAGAGUCCCUGAAAGACCUCAUUGACCAGUCACAGAGCUCUGGCAGUGGUUCCGGACUGCCUCUGCUGGUUCAGCGAACUAUUGCCAAACAGAUUCAGAUGGUUCGGCAAGUUGGUAAAGGUCGAUAUGGAGAAGUGUGGAUGGGUAAAUGGCGUGGUGAGAAGGUGGCAGUCAAAGUGUUCUUUACCACUGAAGAAGCUAGCUGGUUUCGUGAGACAGAGAUCUACCAGACGGUGCUGAUGCGCCAUGAAAACAUACUCGGUUUUAUAGCCGCAGACAUUAAAGGCACUGGCUCCUGGACCCAGCUAUAUCUGAUCACCGAUUAUCACGAACACGGGUCUCUCUAUGACUUCCUGAAGUGUACAACGCUGGACACCAGGGCCCUGCUCAAGCUGGCAUACUCAGCUGCCUGUGGCCUAUGCCAUCUGCACACGGAGAUUUACGGCACCCAAGGAAAGCCCGCAAUUGCUCAUCGAGACCUAAAGAGCAAAAAUAUUCUCAUUAAGAAAAAUGGAAGUUGUUGUAUUGCUGACCUGGGCCUUGCAGUGAAGUUCAAUAGUGACACAAAUGAAGUGGAUGUGCCCUUGAACGCCAGAGUGGGCACCCGGCGGUACAUGGCCCCGGAAGUGCUGGACGAGAGCCUCAACAAGAACCACUUCCAGCCCUACAUCAUGGCGGACAUCUACAGCUUCGGCCUGAUCAUCUGGGAGAUGGCUCGGCGCUGCAUCACAGGGGGAAUAGUAGAGGAGUACCAGCUGCCAUAUUACAACAUGGUGCCCAGUGACCCAUCGUAUGAAGAUAUGCGUGAGGUUGUGUGUGUCAAACGUUUGCGGCCAAUUGUGUCCAAUAGAUGGAACAGUGAUGAGUGUCUUCGAGCAGUGCUGAAGCUGAUGUCAGAGUGCUGGGCCCACAACCCGGCCUCCAGACUCACGGCUCUGCGGAUCAAGAAGACGCUCGCAAAGAUGGUUGAAUCCCAAGAUGUAAAGAUUUGA